AAAGCUCAAACGCCAUAGAAAAGCAUGUAAGUGACGUGUACCCUAAACACCCCACUCGAUCCAUAUUAUUUCAUCACAAUGCUUCUAAUUCUUUUAUUCACAAAUCACCACACAUAACACAACCAGCCUUACCUUAACUAACUAACCACCAUUUCCAUCUCAAGAACGAAGCAUCAUCAUAUAUAUCAUCACCACCUUGCUGGAUCUCACUACUUAUUACCUUUAUAUUAUUGUUUCAAUGGAAGAAAACAAGAAAUUGUCCCACCACAUGCCUACAUGGAACACCACAAGGAACCCCACUACUUCACAAAUAGUUCUUCCUCCUCCCAACAAUUACGAUAAGAUAAUUACCACCACAAGAAGAGCAUCUAGGUCUCCCAAUUAUGACGAGGAUGAUGAAGAAGACGAGGACGAAGAAGAGCGCGAGGAAACAGGAAGGGAGAGGCUGAAGAGGCACAGAGAAGAAGUGAAGGGAAGGGUUAAGAUUCCAGAAGACUGGGGACAAGAGAAGAUGAUGAAGGAGUGGAUCGAUUACACCACUUUCGAUGCUUUGUUUGCUCCUCACACAAUGAUUGUCACUGCUCGUGAUGCUCUCAUUGCCGAUUCUCGUAAAACUACUUCUUCCUCAUCAACGCCUCCAAGAUCGUCUCAGAGAUUAAGGAUAUAUUCACAGUAGUUAAUUAUUAAUUACCUUUGCUUCAUUCACAUUUUUAAUUGCAUACUAUGUGUUUUUCUUCACAUACCCUAGUGAAUUAUUCCACCUUAUUUUUAAUUGAUGGUUAUUUUUCACAUUUUGUAAUUCAUUAUUGCAGAAUAAAGGGAGAAGAAGAACUACUCGUGAAUAUUCUUUUUCUAGCUAUACACCAAAUAUAAGAAAAGAAAACUCUUUAUGUGAUUUGCUGCA